AUGGGAAAACUCGACAUGUUCGAAAUCCUUGGUGUUAGAAAAGUGGAGACUCUUGAAAGGACCAAACAAAAGAUAUACUUGGCUACACUAGAGGAAGACCCCACGGUGAAGAAAGUUCUGAAAGUGUUCAAGAAUACCAAGAGAUCGUACCAAGCUUUCCUGCUUGAAGUGAGAGUGUUGGAGAAGAUUUGCCAUCCCAACGUCAUGGUCUACGAGAUUUCGAUGUCUUUUCCUAAACAUAACGUCAUUGGCAUGCCGUACUGUGAACUCGGUGCCCUCUACAACAUGAUAGGCAAGAUCGGUCAGCGUCAGAUUGACCACUACCUCCUUCAGAUGUGCAGUGCUGUCAAGUACCUCCUUGGUCAGAACAUCGUACACAGGGACAUCAAGCUGGACAACAUCUUGCUGGACGCGGAGCAUCACCUGUACAUCACGGACUUCGACAUGUCCUGCAAGCUCGACAUGUAUGCACUUGGCGUAGUGCUGUGGUGCCUGCUCUUCCAAUGUGAUUGUGACGAGCCAGAAGAAACCCUGGACUACCUGAAGAUGACCAAGACGUUUGUCUGGCCGUUCCCCAUGCUGUUGUAUAAGAAUGUAUUGGAGAACCUUCUCCACCCUGACCCCGCCUCCAGGUGGGACAUCUCACAGCUGAUAGAAACUCUGGGAGCGGCCGCCUGGCUGGCAGAGAGAGUGCAGCAGCUCUAG